CAAAUACUAUUAAAAAAACUGUGGAAUUUGAUGAAGUUGUUUGUGUCGUCUGUUGUCUCUUGUUAUUUUUUGUAUGUUCAUUAAACAUGAGCUGUCAAUUUUCCUUCUUCGCUGAGUUGAACAACAGAAUUGAUCGACUUUUUUGUUGACUGGACCAUAAUUUUAUUAAAUUUGUUAAAAAACAACAAAUUUAUAUUAACAAUAGUUAAUAUUCAAUAAUAAAUUGUUUAUCUCUGAUCUGAGCAUCAUUUCAUAUAACUUAAACUAAGAGUAUCUUAAGUCGAUUGUGUUUGUCUUUUGUUGAUUUAACAAUGAGUUGGUCAAAGAAACAAACUCUAACAUUCAUUCAGGCAUACAAAGAUUGUCCCUUGUUAUGGGACCGAACACAUGAUGGAUAUAAAAAUAAAAAUCAAAGACACGACGCAUUGUUGGAAUUGGCUGUGGCUUUUCAUAUGCAAAAAGAUGAAAUUGAAAACAAAAUAAAAGGUCUGCAAUCACAGUUUGCUCGUGAGAGGAAAAAGGAGAAAAGUUCUCAAAUAGACGGGCCCGAGACUGAUGAAAUAUACAAAAGCAAGUGGUUUGCUUAUAAAAGAUUGAUGUUCUUAGUGGAGAAAAACAAAUCCAAGAAUUCUACAACUACUGAUACCGUGAUUUCAAGGAAACAAGACAUAAAUGAAGAAACGAACCAAUAUGAUAAUGAUAACAGUUGGGCAGCAAAAGAAGAAACAAGAACAUCAGAAAGAAGUUCACACAUAAAUGAAGAAUCGGACCAAUAUGUAAAUAGUUGGGCAGCAAAAAAAGAAACGAACACACCAGAAAGGAGUUCACACAUAGAUGAAGAAUCCGACCAAUAUGACAAUAGUUGGGCAGCAAAAGAAGUAACAAUAGCACCAGAAAGAAGUUCACUUAAUAAAAUACGAAAGACACGUAUGAUUUUCAAACGUAAACAAAGUUCUUUAUCUGCCACAACAAUGCCAAUUUUAAAUGAAACAUUAAAUUUAAUAAGAACAAUUCAAGAUAAAAAAGAAAAGGAUGAAUAUACACUAUUUGGUGAAUCAGUAGCUUUGAGGCUUCGUAAAAUUCCUUCACCAGAAGCUAGAUUUGCUGUACAAAAUAUAAUAAAUAAAGCAUUAUUUGAUGGCGAAAUGGGUGUGCAUUAUCCGUCGAAUACUUUCUAUGAAAACACACAUGCAUUUACAUGAGCGAAUAAUCGAUAUUAAAGGAAUUUAAUGCCCACCAAACCUCAAGUAUGCCGUUUUCGCCUGAAACACAAUACGCUUGACAAAGAAGUAUUUAAAUUCGAACACUAAUGGCGGUUUAUCUUCAUAUCCAAAACUAUGACCGGAAUAGAUGACAAAAUGGCCAUUAUAUACAACUGAUUUUGAAUAUUUAAAUAGAAUAUAUAAGUUUGCAUUAAAUGUAAGAACAAAUUGGUUUUAUUUUUUUAUCAUGUUCAGAAAUUACGUUAAAAAUUCGAUGUGUUUUAAUGAAUAUCUGGAAUCUAGUAGAUAAAGAAGACUGGAAUUUUUUUUUAAUGUUAGAAAAAUUAUAAUUCCAGGGAAGAAAAAUUCCGCUCAAAAUCAACAGUAGAUAGUACAGUACCCAUUAGGAGUAUCUAAAAAAUAGUCUUUUAAAUUAAAUCACCCUUAUUGCGAUUUUCAAAUAUACAGGGAUAUUUAUCACUGAACACUGUUUAACUUUUAUCAAUUCAUGAGAAAUAUGCUUAAUAAAAAUAUAAA